AAUUGUCGUUAAACAUUUGCUUCACAAACAAUUAACUAAUUGAGCAAACAUGAGGCUAUUAAUUGUUUUAUCGUUGGUCACACUUUAUAUUGUAGUGGUCACUUCAUCAUCAUCAUCAUCAUCAUUGUUGCAAGAAAAAUGUUCAUCAUCAUCAUGCUCAUGAAGGUAAAAAGAUUCAUCAUCAUCAUGGUCAUCACCAUGGACAUCAUCAUGGACAUAAACAUGGUCAUCAUCAUGGUCAUCACCAUAAACAUGGCGGCCAUGGUCAUGGUCAUGAUAGUCAUGGUUGGGGCUGGAAUGGUUGGUCAGGAUGGGGACAUGGUGGUGGUCAUCAUGGUCACGGUGGUUGGGGACACCAAGGAUGGGGUCAUGGUGGUCACGCUCAUGCCGCUUUGUCACAUGGCUGGAACGGAGGUUGGGGCCAUGGACAUGGAGGUUGGGGACAUGGAUGGGGUUGGUGGUAAAAGCAAACUGACCACUAGAAGUGACCAUAAGUUCAACUUUAAUAUUAUAUGUAACAUAUUAAACUCUUUCCCAUUGUAAUAUAUUCAAAAAAGUUAUAAUAAUUUUCUCAAUCUGAACAUAAUUUGUAUUAAAUUUUCAUUCCAUCAUUACAUAAUUAACUAAUUCUAUUCUAUUCUUAAUUGUUGUAAAUUUUGUCUUUUCUUUUGUUAAUAGUUUUCAAUUUUUCUUCUAUUUAAAUUAACCGCCAAUAGAAUCUGAUUUGUAAACAUUGUCAAUGUUUCCAUUUGUUGAUCUUUUGCCA